ACGAAUCGUUCGCAGAAGGUGAAUGAGACAAGAUGAGUAGGAUGUGUGAUGGAAACCGUGCGCUACAUCCAAUGAUUUGUGAAAACGUUCUUGUAGAGGUGACAGACUUCUAGUUACAUUUCACAGUUGAGAGGUCUCUGGUUAACUGUUCAUGUCCGCCUUCGCCGUUUAUUUUUAUUUUAAUUAUUCUGCACGCCGCGUUGCUGUUUGCUAACCCGAGCCGUAGUCACUAGGAUACUCUCAGCUAGUUUCAAUUCAAGACUCUGUGACAAAGUAACCGCACGGGGGACGUGGUCGGUGCAAAGAAAGUAGUAGAACUUAGCAACUAACAGCUGAGCUUUCCGUUGGAAAAAAAACAAACAAACUGGCUAAACACGGAUCCCACUCGGAAUCUGCUUGCUAGCUAAAGUAGCUAGCUACAACGCCUGAGUGGAUGUCAGCUCCUGGGACCCCAUGGUCUGGCAGUAGCCAUGGAAACCAUGGCGUUCUCUGCUCCACACCAGAAUGGUGAGGUCCACAGGAGCAGCCACAAGCCGGCGCUCACCGUCCAUCUUUACUAUGAUAGGCACAACAAGCAGCGCUGUGCCUCCCUCAGCUACCCACCAGGGGAAUAUGUCGCUGAGGAGAUUUGCAUUCAUGCUGCAAAGGAGUGUGGUGUGACACCUGUCUAUUACAACCUCUUUGGACUCAUGAGAGAGAGUGAUGGUAUAUGGUUCCCACCCAACCACGUCUUCCGUCUGGAGACUUCAGCUGAAGAGAGCGUGCUUUUUAGGAUCAGAUUCUACUUUCCUGGCUGGUACAACUCUGGCACCUACAGGGCAUUUCGCUAUGGCGUCACGAAGAGUUCUGAAAGUCCGGUGCUGGACGACUGUGUUAUGGAGUACCUCUUUGCCCAGUGCCAGAGCGACUUUGUGAACAGCCGGGUGAAGGUUGCAAUCAGCCAUGAGACACUAGAGGAGUGCCUGGGCAUGGCAGUCUUGGACAUCAUGCGGGUGGCCAAGGAGAACGAGAAGUCCCCACUGGACAUCUACAGCGCCACCAGUUACAAGUCCUUCCUGCCCCAGAACGUACGAGCCUGUAUCCAGGACUACCACUUUGUGACCCGGAAGCGCAUCCGCUACCGCUUCAGGAAGUUCGUUGAGCAGUUAAACCUGUGCAAGGUGACGGCCCGUGACCUGAAGCUCAAGUACCUCAUCAACCUGGAGUCACUCCAGUCUGCCUUCUACUUGGAGCGCUUCCAGGUGAAGGAGCCCACGAUAGGGCAGGUCACUGUUAUUGUCACCGGCAACGGUGGCCUCCAGUGGACUCGUGACAGCCAGACAGCCUCGGGGUCAGAGAAGGAGUUGCAGACGUAUUGUGAUUUCCCAGAUAUCAUUGACUUAAUCAUCAAGCAGCCCAACAAAGAAGGGGUCAGCAGUAGUCAUACUGUCACUAUCAAUAGACAGGACAGCCAGACACUGGAGCUAGAAUUCCCAUCUGCUGCUGAAGUCCUCUCCUUCGUGUCACUCAUUGACGGAUACUACCGGCUCACUUGUGAUGCCCAUCACUACCUCUGUAAGGAGGUUGCUUCGCCCAGGCUCUUGGAAUCUCUUGAGAGCUACUGCCAUGGCCCCAUAACGAGUGAGUUUGCCAUAAGCAAGCUUCGGAAGUGUGAGAAUCACAAAGGCCUUUACAUCUUGCGCUCAAGCCCCAAAGAGUUCAAUAAGUACUUCCUGUCCUUUCCUGUAGCGCUAGUGGAUGGAGCUAUGGAGUAUAAGCACUGCCAAAUCACCAUGACAGAAGACAGGAAGUACAGUCUCUGUGGGGCGAAGAGGAGCUUCUGCAGCCUUCGAGAGCUGCUGGCCUGUUACCAGAAGGAGACUGUGCACUGCGAUGGCUUUGACUUCCGGUUUACCCGGUGCUGCCCUCCAAAAGCCAAAGAAAAGUCCAAUCUGCUGGUUUGUCGGAGCAACAGGAGCACAGAAACUUUGCUCUCCUCCUCAAUACAUAGGCACAACAUCAGCCAAAUGGUGUUCCACAAGAUCCGCAGGGAAGACUUAGAAAUUAACGAAAGUCAGGGCCAGGGAACAUUCACAAAGAUCUUCAGAGGAAUCCGCCAAGAUCUGGGAGACUAUGGAGAGAUGCACAAGACAGAGGUCAUUUUGAAGAUCCUUGACAAGGCACACCGAAAUUACUCAGAGUCCUUCUUUGAGGCUGCCAGCAUGAUGAGUCAGCUGUCUCACAAGCACUUGCUAUUGAACUAUGGUGUCUGUGUCUGCGCAGAAGAAAAUAUAAUGGUGCAGGAAUAUGUCAAAUUUGGUUCCCUGGACACAUACAUGAAGAAGAACAAGAACUCUGUGGACAUUGCAUGGAAAUUGGAGGUGGCCAAGCAACUGGCAUGGGCCAUGCACUUCCUGGAGGAAAAGAAGAUUGUACAUGGGAACGUCUGUGCCAAAAACGUCCUGCUGACCCGAGAGGAGGACCGUAAGAAUGGGAAUCCUCCCUUCAUUAAGCUGAGCGACCCAGGCAUCGGCAUCACUGUGCUGCCCAAAGAAAUUUUGAUAGAGCGAAUACCUUGGGUGCCCCCUGAGUGCAUAGAGGACCCCUGGAGCUUGAGCCUUGCAGCAGACAAGUGGGGUUUUGGCACCACGUUGUGGGAGAUCUGCAGUGGUGGAGAAAAGCCCCUGGGUGUGUUGGAUUGCUUCAAGAAAAAGCUGUUCUACGAGGACCGGCAACAGCUACCUGCCCCAUCGUGGACCGAGCUAGCCAACUUAAUCAAUAACUGCAUGGACUACCAGCCCAUGUUGCGGCCCUCCUUCCAGGCCAUCAUCCGAGACCUCAAUUGCCUUUUCAUCCCAGAUCAUGAGCUGCUGGCAGAAAGCGACUUGUUACCGAACCGGACUGUGGGGUUUGGGUUUACUGGUGCGUUUGAGACCCAUCAGACGGGCCAUUUUGAAGAACGACACUUGAUAUUCCUACAGCAGUUGGGCAAGGGUAACUUUGGCAGUGUGGAGAUGUGCCGAUACGACCCCCUCCAGGACAGCACAGGUGAGGUGGUGGCCGUGAAGAAGCUGCAGCACAGCACAGCGGAGCACCUGCGUGACUUUGAGCGCGAGAUCAAGAUCUUGAAAUCUCUCCAGCAUGAGAACAUCGUCAAGUACAAGGGAGUGUGUUACAGUGCAGGUCGGCGAAACCUGCGGCUCAUCAUGGAGUACCUUCCCUUUGGCAGUCUGCGGGAUUAUCUCAUAAAGCACAAGGAGUUAACUGACCACUCAAAGCUCCUGCACUACGCCUCGCAGAUCUGCAAGGGGAUGGACUACCUUUCUUCGAAGCGCUACAUCCACAGGGACCUCGCCACUCGCAACAUCCUGGUUGAGAGUGAGAACAGGGUGAAGAUCGGGGACUUUGGCCUCACCAAGGUCCUGCCCCAGGGCAAGGACUACUACAAGGUCAAGGAGCCAGGGGAGAGUCCCAUCUUCUGGUAUGCCCCAGAGUCUCUGACGGAGAGCAAGUUUUCCGUGGCAUCUGACAUCUGGAGUUUCGGUGUGGUGCUCUAUGAGCUCUUCACCCACAGCAGCAAGAGCUGCAGUCCACCCACCGUCUUUAUGGGCAUGAUUGGGGCUGACAAACAGGGACAGUUGAUUGUAUACCACCUGAUUGAGCUCCUGAGAUCAGGUGUACGGUUGCCCCAGCCAGCAGGUUGUCCUGAUGAGAUAUAUGAGAUGAUGGAGGACUGUUGGAACAAGGAGCUGUCCCUCCGACCAGCCUUCAGGGAGCUCUCCCUCCGGGUGGACCUGUUGCGGGAUGGCAAGGAAAGCUGAGCACUGUGGAACACCCCCCCCAGUCGCACAAGUGAAAUUUUAUAGCAGCGGGCCUCACGAUGAAGGACUGGCACAGACACUCGGGGGUUCCCUGUUGCGGGUUCAGGGUACAAAAACAGCCACUUGAGUAAUGUCCUCUUGUGGGUUAUGUUCCAGCAGAACUGAAUACACAACCCUCUCCCACUGCCCUCAAGAUCUGAGAAAUCAGAGAAUUGUUUUUUUGUUUUUUUUUUUUUAUUUUAUUUUAUUUCAUAUUUUUUGUCUCCCCCCAUUGUACUUCCCUGUGUUUCACUCUCCAUCCUAUGACAGUGCUGGUUGCACUUAGUGAUGGAAAAGUAACAUGUUUAUAUACUCCCUUGAAGAGGUGUUUUUUUAUAUACUGAGUACACUGCUGAUUGUUGCUGAGCAGUCAUAAAGCAGUGAAUGUAAAUGAAGCACUUAAUAUAUUGCAAAUUUCUUGUAAAAUACAAAAUGAACAAUUUUAAUUGUUUUCAUUAUGUACAUGCUGUCAGAUUAAACGGGAGGAUUCUGUGUACGUAGCUUGAAUUUCUUUCCUGUUUUUAAUUUUUCCUUUUCUCCAGUUCUGUGUAAGACGCCCUUGAUGCUGAUGCUCCCCCCCUUCACCAACA